UUUUCAAAAUAUGGCUCCUAAAAUCAUCUCUCCUCUCCUCCUAAGCUUCUUCUUUCUGCUCCUCGAAUUUACUUGCCAUGCAUCUGAUAUCCCCAAACUUACUACUGGCGAUAAUGGAACCGAUCAUACCCCCAUAUUUCCCGACCACGAGACUGAUUUCCCCAAAUGUGCACCCCUAACGCCUCCGCUUAUUAGCAUUCCUGUGUUUCCUCAAGAUAUCCCCCCGCUCCAAUUUGCGCAGAACAUCGAGCAUAUUGAAUGUGAGUGGUUCUUAUUUGGUGCUUUUGGAUUCGGGCUUGAUGCUGUUGAGCCAGAGCUCGCUUUGGGAGGUCCUCCUCCGGUUGGAGUCAGGAAAGCUAAUCUUGAUGAGGUCAUACGGAAGGUUAUUGCCGAGUUUGGUUAUCAAGAAGUUGGUCACUUGAGGGCUUUGAAACAAACUGUUGGCGGCAUCACAAGGCCCCUGAUAGAUCUCAGCCCUAAGAACUUUGCAAGGCUAGUGGACGAAGCAUUUGGAUACAAUCUUGACCCUCCGUUCGACCCGUACGCUAACACCCUCAACUACCUAAUUGGAUCAUACUGCAUACCCUAUCUGGGCCUCCUCGGCUACGUAGGGACGAACCAGAACCUCAACGGCCUUGUUACAAAAAGGCUGUUGGCAGGGCUAUUAACGGUAGAAUCUGAGCAAGAUGGGAUCAUAAGAGGCUAUCUCUUUCUAAACCUAACAAUGCCAGUUCCCCCGUACAACAUCACAGUAGCAGAAUUCACAGAUAGGAUAUCAUACAUGAGAAACAAACUAGCGAUGUGUGGUAUCAAAGACGAAGGCCUUUUCGUUCCUCGUACGUUAGGAGCAGAGCAAAAGUUAAACACGAACGUCGUCUCUGCGGACAAAAAUUCCCUUGGUUAUGCGCGAACACCUCAGGAGUUGCUUCGAAUACUUUACGAAACUGGUAAUGAGCACAUACCUGGUGGAUUCCUCCCACAAGGGGGGAAUGGUGAAAUUGCUAGAAGACUCCUCGGGGAUAUUUAGACCAUUACUACUACACGAAAUAAGUAAAUAAAUUGCCGAAAAUGGGCUACUAUCUAUGUAACAAUACAAAUAUGUAUGUGCUAAGAAGUUUUUACUUCA